AUGCUGAAGCGAAGGCAGCCUGCUGACUGGCAUGGGCUCCCGAACGUGGAUGAAGAUCUGGCUUGCGAGGUAGCUAAGCUUUAUCAUUCCCUGGUGCAGUUCGAUGGUGCUUUCGAAGACAGGGAAGGUGCUGCAGAGCUGGUGGUGGAGCUGUUAGGCAGAAAGAAAACCGCCAUGGAGGUCGAGCGAAUCUCGGAGGCACUUUGGGAAUGGAGGGCGAAGCGACUCCGGAGAGGGCCUUCGCAGGCAGCUGUACUGCAGAAGCAGAUCCCUUCGAUGCCAGUGCGGGUGCAACGGCCCGCGGUCGAUAUCCACCGAGUCUUCGAGGAGGUGGUGGCCACCACGCCAGCUGUGGCCAUCGCCCAGCUACAGCGAGCUGUCAAGGUGAGCAAAGCUGCUGGAAGCCGCGAGGACGUGGAGACACAGAUGAGGGAGCGAUGGGCUCUCCAGUUGGUCACCUACAUCAAGGAGGCCAAGUUGCCGUGCGCAUCUAGAAUGGAGGCUCUUGGGGACAGCAACCAUCAGUGGCUUCGGAUCUUCGGCAAUCGGCGUGGCAAAACAUUGCGGAAUAGGGCUCGGGCCUGGAAGCCUUUCCGAGAGUGGCUGAUGGCCACAUAUGGGGCGCCAUGGCCACGAGAUGCGGGGCAAGUCUUGAAGUAUCUGGAAGAGCGACAUGCCGUUACCAGCCUGGGAAAGACGGUGCCCAGGUCACUAAUGGCUAGCUUGUCGUUACUUGAGACGGUCGGGAUGGUUUCUCCUGAGGACCGAUGCAGCGAGGACCAGUUGCUUCUUGAAAGUCUGAAGUCUUGGACCAUGGAGCUCGAGUCAGGUGGGCCCGCUGUGAAGCCUGCCCCUAUGCUUCCAGUUGCAGCAUUUCUUGUAUGUGAGAUGGUAGUUUGCAGGCCUGUUUAUGAGCUGGGGUUGCGAUUCACUGCAUACACUUUGCUGCUCAUGACUUGGGCGAGCCUUCGCUGUGAUGAUGUGCAGAACAUCGACCCUGAGAGCCUCAAGCUCAGCCAGGUCGGUCUUCGUUUUAUUCUGAAGAAAACGAAAACGAGUGGGCCAGGGCGGAAGGUCGGAGAGCUGCAUGCAUUCAUUGCUAGGACCGUCGGCUUGAGUGGUUACGACUGGCUUGGUGAGGGCUUCAAGCUUGUGAGUGCUGGUGCUUUGUCAUGGUCACGCGAUUUCUUUUGCCCUGCCUUCAGUGCGGAGUGGGACAUGCCUGCCAAGGGUUAUCUGGAUGCUGAAGGUCUGGCAUUGCAAUUGCGUCGGCUCCUCAAGCAUUUGCCUACUCCGGUGCGACAGCAAGGGGUCUGGAAGGUUGCGCGUGAGCUGCUUUUCCCAGGGGAGAUGGCAAACUUUUGGACAGGGCACAGCUCACGGCAUGUUGCUACCAGUCUUGCUGCUGCAUUAGGCGUGAGCAAGGACCGGCGGGACUAUCUUGGGCGCUGGGCUUAUGCUCAGCAUGGCUCACAAGAUUAUGUCUUGACUUCGAGGCAAGUAGUGCAAGGGGUGCAGAAUUUCAUUUGCAAAUGCCUCAUCGUGGGGCACCCAGAUGGCGGGUAUACCGAGGAAGAGUUGUUCUGCACCAUGCGAUCAUAUGCUGAAGCAUUGCAUCUUGCCGGGGAUGAAAUUGUUAAAGCUUGCUCUGUCCUGCAAUGGGAUGAUGUGGAGGCGACUUGGAAGCUCGGGGGAAAUUUCCCCUCGUUCAAUGUUUCCCCAGACAGGGUCAGGGCAGCAGCUGGCAACAUGAGUGCCGACCUGCCUGGGCCUUACCAAGACUUCGAGCAAGAGGAGGUUGAGAGUGCCGAAGGCUCGUCAACUAGUGGAUCUGAGGACACUCAGGUGGAGAAUCCGGUGGAACCGGAGGGGAUCGUUUGCAUGUUUGCGACAACUGCCGGUGGAGUGCGCAGCAUGAGAGUGAAGAGACCUCAGCGCGCUCGUGCGAGCAUGGCGACCGACCUGCCGGCCGGUGUGGACCAGGCAGCUGCCUUGAGUCAUCUGGAUAAGAAUGUGAGCUCCGACUUGGUGCAUAUCUUUCAAGAAUGUGGUGUGCCGUUGGGGCUGCAGUACCGGCUCACAUUGAAUUUCCAAUCUGUCAAGCGUUUUUCUACAUAUGCCGAUUCCCGGGCAGAUGUGCGGACUGCUCUGAAGGAUGAUCAUGCUUUAGAGGCGGCUGAUCAGGCGACCCGGGCAGCUGUGGCCUCCGUGGUCUCCGCUUGGGAGACUGCGAAAGAGUAUGCAAGCAAGGAGUCUGAAUUGCGGGCUGAGGCUCGCAUGCUGGGCGUCAGCCGACCAGUAUCGCAAACAGAGAAGCAAGCGAUGCGUGCAGCAUAUGAAGCUGCACACGGCAGCCUCGAAGAAGCAUUCGAACCCUCUGAUGAUUAUAUGUCGGCGAAGUUAGAAGAGAUAGAGAAUGGGGAGAUUUCUGCAAGUGCUCUGUCAGAGGUCACUUCGAAGAAGCGUGUGAGGACAAUGGGGAUACAGACUACUGUUGACACUGGGGGCCACGUGCGGAUAGUGAAGCAGAGAAAUAAGGGUGUGAUGCCACAGCACACCGAGGAGCUGCGCACAGUACUGCGAGUGGAGGGCAAUGCUUGGACCAUGCUUGCUUCUAAGUUCAAGAACAAGGUUUUCUUUGCAGACAUGUCUCCAGAUGCAUGGUUGGCAUACGCGAACUACCUUUUGGGCGAGAAA